UGAAUUUAUGAAUCAGUCUACUUGUACCAAACUACCAACUUAUAUUAACAAGAGUCUGUGAGUUGAACAAUCAUUGGAGCUCAAUUUAAGCAAUCUCUUUUAGACUAUCCAAUCACAUCAACUAGAGCCCUGAAGCCCCAUUCAUUUCUGUGUUCUUCCCAUCAUGAUUUUGUAAGGCAUAGCCUUCUCAAAACACAGAGAGAGAGAGAGAGAGAGAGAGAGAGAGAGAGAGAGAGAGAGAGAGAGAGAGAGAGAGAGAGAGAGAGAGAGAGAGAGAGAGAUGUGUUUCGGGGUGAGGGAUUGUUGUGGAUUUCGUUAAAUUCGAGGAGGUUUAGAGGGAAAAAGCUGACCUGGGUUGUGUGAAAUUUUGAAACUUCUUUUGCUUCUUGAAGAAUUGGGUUAUUGGAAUUGGAGAGUGAGUUGAAUUGGGUUGAGUUGUCUUGUGUUUUUGAUAUCCAGGUUUAAGUGUGUUUUUGCAGUUGGAGAGUGAGUUCAAUUGGGUUGACUGUGUUUCUGAUGGCUUCUGUAGUUGAGGAUCAAAAGGGAAUUGGGUUUGUGGUUUUUAGUUUGAGAGAGUGAAAGUUGUUUGGGGUUUUGGGGAACAUAGAAUUUUUGAGAAACAAAGUUUGCAUCUUUUUUCUGGCUUGAGGUUUUGAUCAAUUCGGAUUUUGAAAUUUGUUUUGUGAUGGCUGUUGUGAGGUCUGUUCCUGCAAUGAUGCGACCGGCUGAGCCAAUAAGGUAUCCUGAUACUUCAGAUAUGGCUAGUUUUGGAGAGAUUGUGGUGGAGCCUGUGGCUCGGGUGAUCCAAGAUAUGAUAUAUGUGACAGUGGGGACUUCUGUGAAGGAGAGCAAGUCGAAUCUGAUUUGGACAUUGCAGAACUCAGGAGGGAAGAGGGUUUGCAUAAUUCAUGUUCAUCAGCCUGCAAUGAUGAUUCCAAUGAUGGGAACUAAGUUUCCAGCAAGCCAAAUGAAGGAUCAGGAAGUCAGAGCAUUUCGUGAAAUCGAAAGGCAAAACAUGCAAAAGAUCCUAGAAGAUUACCUUCGUAUAUGUCGUCAAAUGGGGGUUCGAGCAGAAAAAUUACAUAUUGAAAUGGACUGUAUUGAGAAGGGAAUAGUGGAACUCAUCUCUCAACACGGGAUCAGGAAGCUAGUUAUGGGAGCAGCAGCAGACAAGUCCCAUUCAAGCAGGAAAAUGACGGACCUCAAGUCUAAGAAAGCCAUAUACGUGCGUGAGCAUGCACCUAUUUUCUGUCACAUACAAUUUGUUUGCAAGGGGCACCUUAUACACACCAGGGAAGCAAAUUUAGAUGCAAUUGAUACGCAAGUUGCAUUGCCACCGCCAAGGCCAAGCCCCGAUUCUGAACCAUCACGACUUCAUUUGAGAUCAAGAUCAUCUGUGACAUUUGGGCAGAAUAAUCGACUGCCACUCAGCAACCCAGCUCAAGAUUUGUUCCGUCGGGUAAGAUCGUCAAAAACUGACAAAUAUGGAGGAAGCACAUCAGAUGUUACAGAAGGGAUUUCAACUCCUUCAAGCAGUAGGUUGGAAGCAGACGGGAUUGUUGAUGAAUGGGAUCGCCUGUCAAGGAGUGCUUCUGGAUAUUCAUCAUGCUCUUCUUCUGCAUUGGGUGAUUUACCUUUGAUACAGUUUGAGAGGAUUGAGGGAAGUGAAAAUGGUUCAGGAAACUCGAUUGCACUUACUCAUCUCAAAGAUCUUAAUCGUUCAUCCCCUCCCAGUGUAUUGCAGGAUGGAAAUGUAGACGAUACUCUUUAUGAUCAUCUUGACCAAGCAAUGGCAGAGGCUGAAAAUGCAAAGCGAGAAGCAUUUGAAGAGGCUAUUAGGCGUGGGAAAGCAGAAAAAGAUGCUAUAGAUGCUAUACGAAGGGCUAAGGCAUCAGAGUUCUUAUACAAUGAGGAGUUGAAACAAAGAAAAGAAAUUGAGGACACAGUAGCAAGAGAAAGAGAAGAACUUGAAAAGAUGAAAAGGCAACGAGAUGAAGUCAUGGAAGAAUUAAGUGCCGCCUUAGAACAAAAAUCACAACUCGAGAGCCAAAUUAUUGAGUCUGAUCGGAUAGUCCAGAGCUUGGAGCAGAAGAUCAUUUCUGCUGUGGAUCUCUUACAAAGUUACAAAAGAGAACGGGAUGAGUUGCAUGUAGAGCGUGAUAAUGCUCUUAGAGAAGCGGAGGAGCUAAGGAUACAACAAGGAGAGGCCUCAAGCGCACAUGUGCCACAGUUCUUUUCUGAUUUUUCAUUUUCUGAGAUCGAGGAAGCUAGUCAAAACUUUGAUCCUUCAGCUAAGAUUGGAGAAGGUGGUUUUGGAAGCAUUUUUAAAGGUUUCCUUCGUCACACUGAGGUGGCUAUAAAAAUGCUAAAUGCUCAUAGUUUGCAAGGCCCCUCUGAAUUCCAGCAAGAGGUAGAUAUACUAAGUAAACUGAGGCACACCAAUCUUGUCACACUUAUUGGUGCCUGCCCUGAAGCUUGGACUCUGAUCUACGAGUAUCUACCAAAUGGAAGCCUUGAAGAUCGGCUAAACUGCAAGGGCAAUACACCUCCAUUAUCAUGGCAAGCUCGAAUUCGUAUUGCUACUGAGUUGUGCUCUGUCCUAAUAUUUCUACACUCCAGUAAACCACACAGCAUUGUACAUGGUGAUUUGAAACCUUCCAAUAUUCUCCUUGAUGCCAACUUUGUCUGCAAGCUUAGUGACUUUGGUAUCAGUCGGCUAUUGGCUCGUGGCCAAGGUUCAAGCAACAAUACAACACUAUUUUGCAGGACUGAUCCGAAAGGAACUUUUGCCUACAUGGAUCCGGAGUUCCUUUCAUCGGGAGAACUUACACCAAAGUCAGAUGUGUACUCAUUUGGAAUUAUACUCUUACGGUUGCUAACCGGAAGACCACCUUUGGGAAUAACAAAGGAAGUACAGUAUGCAUUAGAUUCUGGGAAGCUGGAAACCCUCUUGGAUCCUUUAGCUGGAGACUGGCCAUUUGUACAGGCUGAACAGGUAGCUCGCUUGGCAUUGAGGUGUUGUGAGAUGAGCCGGAAGUGCAGGGCAGACCUCGUGUCAGAUGUUUGGAGGGUACUCGAACCAAUGAGGGCUUCAUGUGGCUCCUCCUCAUCCUUCCGGCUGGGUACUGAAGAGCAUUUCCAACCUCCCUCAUAUUUUAUUUGUCCCAUUUUCCAGGAAGUCAUGCAAGAUCCGCAUGUUGCAGCAGAUGGUUUCACUUAUGAAGCAGAAGCUCUGCGAGGAUGGAUGGACAGUGGCCACGAAACUUCACCUAUGACAAACCUUAAGCUUGAACACAAGAAUCUCGUCCCCAACCAUGCUCUUCGCUCUGCAAUUCAGGAGUGGCUGCAACAGCACUGAUAAUCUGGUUCUUCAUCAUAGGCAUAUAUAAAGAUAUACCUGCAUACAUACACGAGUAAACGUUUAUUAGAUCAAUAUAAUCACUGUUUCAGACCAAUCGAGAAAAUUCUUACUCCAUUCAUUCUUGGAGCAUAUGGCCAUACGGACGAAUGCGUUUACAUAAUACCUCAUUUGUACGUAAUACCUACUUACAUAUAUCAAAUGUAGACAGGCGUUACAUUGCUUAAUCAUGCACGUUUGAGAUUUAUAAUUGAAAUAUACUGUGAUAUUAUCAUUUCCUCUUCG